AUGUCUUCAACUGUUGGUACGUACGAUGCCGCACCUGCGCUUUGCGGUGACUGUGAUGAAUUUAUAGUGCGUGGGGUAGGUUAUUCACUUCUCCAGCCGUUAAGAUUGGCCAGCUAUCCUCAGGCAUCGUUAAGAUUCACCGAGAUUAUUUGGAGUGCAAUUAAGAGGAUGGGUUUGCGCGGAAGCUCUUCAAUCUCCCAGAAUUUUGACCAGCUAUUAACCAGCCAAAUUUAG